CUUACGGUCAAAAGCAGGGGCGCGGCUUGUAGGUGGCGUCAUCACGCAGGGCGUGCGUCAGUCGCCAAUGGGUGGGGUUCCGUGGUACAGCGCGGGAGCGGGAGAUUUGAAUUUGGAGGGAAGUCGUUGAGCCACGUGCGGAUCAAUGAUGGAGUUUUAUUUGUUGUGUUCACUUGCUGAGCCUCCUCAACAAUUAUUCAGAGAGCACAAUGGCUCCAUAUUCCAUUGCCAGUUAGUGCUGCCCCUGCCAAAGUACCUGGUUGUUUUUGGUUUUGGAAACUGGGACACGUCCACAGAGGAGACCUUUCUUUCAGCCGAGGUGUCAGUGAGCCCUGAGAUAAAACCCCAGCGAAUUGGAAUGCUUUCCUCAGCGGCAAGGUGCCUGGUGUGGCAGGAAGAGUGGAGGAGAGACCUGAUGGCAGCUGCCAAUGCCAAGGCUGAGAGGGGAGGCCAUGGCAUACUCUCCCUGAUUCUCAAUGGACAGUUGAAGAGGGUGGAUUUCUUGAGCAGCACUCCUGUGGUUCCUGUGAAGACUCGCCCAGCCCUGGAUGAUGCUCUGUCUGAUCUCCUCGAUGACGUCUCCCAAUUUAUCCCCUGUCUCUCUGCACUCCCUCAGACCAGCUAUUCCCAGAUACAGCAAGAGAGGAGCCUGAAUUUGGCCCCAAAGGUAGAGGCUUCCCAUCCUCGGGUGCCAUUUCUUGCUCUGUUAGGGGACACGGACUCCUCUGGAAAGGAUUCGGAAUCUUCUGGAAAGGACACAGACUCUUCCGACGAGCUAGGGAGUAAUACUGAUGUGAAGAGACUGAAGGCUUGUCCAAGUCCACGCUGGAAUCACACUCUGUGCCUGAGUGACCCAGACACGGCGAUUCUGAUCGGAGGAGAGAGGGGACCGAAGAGCUACUGUAAAGAUGGUCCGUGGAGGCUAGAGCUCGACAAUGGUGAGAAUUUCUGGUUUCCCCUGGAAAUGACCCCAACAAAAAGCAUCCCAGUCCCUCGGAGAGUCUGUGGUCACUCUGCCACCUAUGAUCCCGACACCAAACGCAUCUACAUUUUUGGAGGGGUGAAAGAUGAGAAAUGCUUCAAUACUGUCUACAUUCUGGACACUUUGACCUGGAAGUGGUCCUCCAUAAUUGGGAGGGGUAAAGUGCCCUCGCUGGCCUAUCACAGUGCGGUGGUCUUCCAUCAGGAACUCUUUGUAUUUGGUGGACUGCUUUGCCGAGCACCACUGACAACUGAAAGCUGCAGCAACACCUUGUACAUCUUCAACGCUGAGCAUGAGAUCUGGUACCAACCCAUUGUGGUAGGUGAAAGACCCCUCCCUCGGUACAGUCACUCUGGCACUCUCCUGGCAGAUAAACUGGUCCUGUUUGGUGGCAGUCGGAGCAGAGUGUUCCUGAACGACCUUCAUGUGUUAGAUCUUGGCUUCAUGGAGUACAUUAACAUCCAGGGUCGAGCCCCUCCUCCUCCACGCUGCUGCCAUGCCGCCAUUCCUCUGUGUGAUAACAAAGUGCUGAUCAGUGGUGGGCAUAAUCUGAGUGGAGCCCUGCAGGAUUUGUUCAUCUUCAAUAUAGAGACCUACAGUUGGAGCAGUCUGUCUCAUCCCACACUCUGCUCUGUGCCACGAACAGGUCACAGUCUGCUGUAUCUGAACUCAUGUCACAGUAGCACAGGGUCCUGUCACACACUUCUGGUGUUUGGAGGCUCGGACAACGCUGGGAAAUUCUACUGUGACACAGUUCGAGUAGACGUGGUACUGGAUGAGGACUGAUCCAACCUCUCCUGAAAAAUAACCAUCUUGAAAGAGAGAGCCAUCUUCGGAGCGUGUGGGGAUAAACUCUAUGGGCAGGCUCUGUGGCUAUUAGCCUUCUGACCAUCAAAUGGCUGAACAAUUUUGUACUUUAUUAUUAAAAGUUACAACUGA